AUGAGCAAAAUCGUCAGCUUGACCUUUCUCUUGGCUACCCUUCUCACUGUGAUCUCUACGCCAGUCGCGGCUGCCGGACUUGAGAAAAAAUGGCAAAAUAAUAAUUGUUGUCCAGUCGCUAUCUGCGAAUUCGAGAAGGGUGACCCCUUCGAUCACCGACGCCACGCUAAACGCAAUAUAAACCCGUUUGAUGGAUUUAUUCAAUUUACUGAUACGUUUAACAACCAGCUGUUUGUCUCCGGUUUCUUGGAUGCAGAAAACUUUCAGUCGGAUACCACUGCUGAUAAUCAAGGCAUUGACGUUCACGUAACCGAUUGUAACCUCCAAAAUAUUGAAAACGGACUUGAUUUAGACAGCAUCGAUGACAUUUUCGAUAAGCCUUUCGUUGGCGUUUUCCCCAACGAGAAAGUUAGUCAACUUAUUGGCAAAUGCUGUGUUGUGGCAGAUGAUAAUCAAAAUGAUCAAAUUAUUGCUGUUGCAAAGGUGAAGGAAGCCAUUCGGUGUGGGCGUAACAAAAAAAUCGUUAUAAGUGAUCUCUAG